GAUGUGAUGAGUGUGAGGGAGUGGAGGGAAUGGGGGAAUCAAAGAUAGCAGCAGUAAAUCAUAGACUAGUUACGUGUAUGUAACAAGUUACAUGUAGUACAAACAUGAAUGUAACUAAUCUGUGACCUCAUACCAAUGUCUCUUGCCCUCACUGUCCUUCCUGUUCCACGCAGUGCAUGCUCCUUCCCUCCCUCCCCUAUCCCCGGUCUUAAAUUGGCUCAGAAGGUCUCCGGGGCAGGGACUGCACCCUACUCUGUGUAUGUGCAGCACCUAGCACAACAGGGCACCGAUCCUCCUGCUGCUCGUGUUGUAUCAGUAAUUCAAUUGAAAAGCAGCUGUGUUCUGCUUGGCUAGCCUGUCACUGCUGAUGUGAAGUGGCAGGCCUUGGCAGGGAGGAGGGCUCUGGAUUGGAAUGACUGGCGCAGAAGCCACACUCAUUAUUAACGGCAACUGAGAUGACUCCCUGCCUUCUGCAUCUGUCCCUGGAACUAUUUAAAGAGGGCCACUGACAUCAGCACUGGCAGGUGGUCUUGGGGGCUGCUGGAUAGCUGGCAGCCUGCUGAGUGAUUGGGGCUGUGCUUUCACGCCGUCUGCCUGCUGGGUCCCACUAGAAGCUGGCAAAGCAUAGGCUCUGCUGGUCAACAGUGCUGCUCUGGCUCUUGCUUAUCACACAGGCAGGUUGGACUGUGUCCUCCUCCCAGCCAAGGCCCUGAGGAUGCUUUACCAGGGCAGAAAUCUUCAGCAGGAGGAAAGCAAUUCCCCUGAAUGGGAACCCAGUCUACAUCAGCUCUCCUAGGCUGGCAUGGACAGCUUCUCCCUUAGCCUUUGGGAUCUACUCUCUGCCUGAUGGCUCUGCUGCAGGCUGGUACCGCAGCUCCAACAACCAGCUAGAGCUCCUGCUCUCUCUGCAGCCAACAGGAUGGCGUAUGUGGAUCCCGAACACCCAGCUCUCACCCUUUGCCAGUCCAUCUUCUUCUUCUGCAAAGGAAUGAUAGAAGGGGUGGUGGCUAUCCUCUUCCUCUGGCUGUUCAUCCAAGUGCUGCUUGACAAACAUCAGCAAGUGCAUUUGCAGGUGCUCCUCGGAGUGGGGCUGGCUCUUCUGUGCUUCUGCCUUCUCCUGAGCUGUGCUGUGUGCUGGCGUCGAAGCGAGAGGCACAACCAGAGAGACAGGAAAGAGCAGGCAUCGACACACACCCUGGUAGAGCUGGGGCCUGCUCUGCCUUCCCAGACCACCGCCGUGCCCAUCCAGCAACAGUACGUGGAGCUAGAGGGAGAGGUGCUGGAAUGUGCAGGGAAUGACUCGCAAGGUUCUCCUGGGGCUGGCAGCCCGCCACAGAACAUGUUGCAUGGGAGGGCCUCUUUACCCAGCAUCCCUUUCUCCCAGAAGCUUGGCCAGUUCUCCAAGACAGAGCCAGGCUGGGAGCGCCGGUCCACCAUCUGUGGGGAGACUGACGAGAGCAGCCUGCUGACUCUUCCCGUUCUGGGAGCCAGUGUCCGCCAGUCGUCCACCAUGCCAGGGAGGCUCUCCAGCGCUGGCUGCAAGCUGCGGCCCCAGCUCCACUUCAUCCUAUUCUACUCCCAGCCCGAGGCCACGCUCACCGUGACGGUGAUCAGCGUGUCCCACCUGCCCAAGGGCUUUCGGAGCAGCCGGGACUCUUACGUCAAGGUGUACCUGCUCCCCAAGUUCAUUGAGCCCCAGCGCACGGCCGUGCGCAGGAAGAGCCUUAACCCCGAGUUCCGAGAGCAGUUCCAGUUCGGCCGCUACCACCUGGAGGAGCUGAGGGGCUUCACCCUGUGCUUUGCUGUCUACAUGAAGGAGUUUCACAGCUUCAGGGACUCCUUCGUCGGGGAAGUGAUGUUCCCAUGUGCUCAGGUUACUUGGAACCCCGAGGUGGCCUCCAGCUACACCCGGGAGCUGUCAACCACCAAAACCAAACUCAAAAAGUGUCUCAGCACCCAGGACAUGAGUUAUGGCGCUGCGUGCUCCCAAUCCACGUCUCUGGGCCAGCUCUUCAUUCUCCUCCAGUACCAGGCUCUGGCCAAUCGUAUCAAGGUGCUGGUCCGCAAGGCAGAGAAUCUGGGACGGCUCACCCGCAUGCCAGGGGCACCAGACCACUACGUUGUCAUUCACCUUUACCACAAUGGGCGAGUCAUGAACACAAAGGAGACCAAGUCCAUAGCCGGCUACAACCCUGUGUGGAACACGCCCUUCCUCUUCAACAUCCCUGCAGGAGACAUCCAGGAGCAGCAGCUGUGCCUGGAGUUCACCAUCAUGCAGACUCGUCUCUAUACGCGCAGCUGUACCCUGGGCAGAGUGCUGAUUGGACCCCACACCCCAGAGGCAGGGCUGCUCCACUGGAAGGAGAUGUGCCGCCGAGGGCACAUGGAAUCUGCGCGGUGGCAUGUGAUUCAGCCGAAUGCUUUCAGUCUCUCCCCUUGACGUUCCCUACGGCUAGUCGGCAGGUGACUCAUUGGAGCUCCUCAGUCGGAGCAGGAUGGGGAAGUCAGUGCCAAUGCGUGAGCGGGUGAUUCCUGCUGGCUGUGCAGCUAGGUUGAAGAACUGCAGUCAUGUCAGAAGUCUCAUCUCCUACUUGGUGCGAGUCUGCUCUGUGCUGCCCUGGAUGGCCCUGAGGCCACCAAGACUGGGAGCAGCAAGGAACUCGAAGCAAAGCCAGAGACUUUCCUUGUUAAGUAUCUUUGAUAGAGAGCAUAUGUCUGAUAUUAAAGGGAAAGAGCCCCACUGUCAGCUCCUGGCUGUUGUUGGGACAUUGGCCCAGGGGAAGGGAGCACUGGCAGCAGCAGCAUCAAAAGGAGGGCAGGAGAUGGGCACAGGGACAUGAGACAGGGAAAGGAGCAGAGGGAAGUCAGAGCGUGGAGAGGAGAGGAAAGAGCAUUGACAGAUGGAAGGAGCAAGCUUCACGUGCUUCAGGCUUGCUCAGGAUUCCAGGCUGGCACAUCAACAAAGCUAGUUGUUCCCUCUUCCCAAACCAAGACAGUAACCUUGCUUGCUGGGCUGUUACGGCCAAAUGCAGUUGUAGUUUUAUGCCUAUUCCUAUGGCCAACCCAUCACCCCAACAUCAUUCAUGUCCUCUUAUCAAACCAAGCUGCAACCAUAGCAGUCAGACACUUAACACAGUCCCCAAUCAAUGAAUAAUACACCCCUCCUAGGGACAUGAUAAGGUACUAGCCUGGAAACUUAUUUUUAAAACACAGCAGCUUUCCAUAGAGGCUUGUUAGGCUCCCAAGAUGCCAGACAGGAAGUGACAUCAUUGGGAAGGGAGCCAUCACUAUAGUGCAGGGCCCCAGGCCUGCAGCCCCACAGCUGGUUGCGGGCUCAGGCCUUUGUGUUUUCCAUCCACUUUUCCCCUUUAAACAAAUAAAAGGAAUUUGUUCUGAAAGUCUA